ACCAAGUUGAGCUGAGUCUUGAACAACUCUCAUCUAUCAUGGCACCCUCCAAUGGCACUAAUACAGCUAGCUUCCCAGCUGCAUCCACGUCCAGUCCUUCAAUCCGCCCGGCCCAGGUCAUUCAAGGCUCAUUUCCUGUCGCAAGCAUCAUCAUGCUCGCAAUCUCUAUAAUUGGCAUGGGUGCCCUCGUGGUCUUCGUGUUUCUCCAGCAUUCGCGCUCAUCAGCCAGGAUCAAGCAAAGCUCAUCGACGGCCCACAAAGACAAGACAAGCCCGAUCGACAAACAUUGGCCCCGUGUGCUCUCGUGGUUCUCAAAGAUGCAUCUCUGGCGUCCACAGACCAAGUCAGCCACCAAGCAUAAGCAGGGCGACGUGACUACUACUGUGGGCGCGUCGCACGCGACAUGCACCUUCGUCGCUGCUGCACCAUCAAAGUUCCUCGCCCCUCCUGUCGUGACACAGUUCAGAAUAUCAGACACAGACAAGUUUGUUGUGCUGUGCUCGGUCUGUUGCCCCCUUUUGGCGCACCAUACAUGCGGCGACGACUUAGGUGCAGAGUACUUUCGUCGACACUCCACAUAUAGCCCAUCACUCAGAGCAGCUUCCCGUGAAUAAUACACCAUCAAGUAUUCUCGAGCGCGAGCCGCAUAACGUCGACAUCCCGCUUUCCGAUCAGGGUCACUCGCGUACCAUCGAGCCAUCUGACCUCUCUCCGGCAAACCAGCCCCAGUCGUCGUCCAUUCCACCAACAUGGCCAAAGAGGACGCUUGCGCGAGAAGAUCUCCCAGUUUUAUGUGUAAAACCUACCUCAAGAUAACAUGUUGUACGCGCCUCGUGAUAUAUUCGUUUCAUUCCUUUUCCUAUAAAUAAGUUAUGAGAGGAUGUGACUCGGUGACACUCAAGGCUAUCACCGGUCGUAAGCUAGGAUAAACGU